AUGGCAUUCCGCAGCCCUUUCGCGAUCCCCCGGCAGCUCUUGACUGGGACCACAUCUCUUGGUCGGUCAGCAAUUAACAGUCGAUUGAGAUGCAUGACCGAUCAACGAGGUCUCGCGACGGUAGUACCGCCAGUCACACAAGAUGCGACAGGCUCCAAGGGCCCGACGGCUAUGGUUUUUAUGAACAUGGGUGGACCUUCUACGACGGACGAGGUGGAGGACUUUUUGAGCAGACUAUUUGCCGACGGUGAUUUGAUUCCCCUAGGACGAUUCCAAUCGUAUAUCGGCCCCCUCAUCGCACGUCGAAGAACCCCAAAGAUCCAAAAGCAGUACGCAGAUAUCGGCGGCGGAUCGCCCAUUCGGAAAUGGUCCGAGUACCAAUGUGCAGAAAUGUGCAAGGUAUUGGAUAAGAUCUCCCCGGAGACUGCGCCGCAUAAGCCUUACGUUGCCUUCCGCUAUGCUGCCCCAUUGACCGAGACCAUGUAUGAGCAGCUUUUCGCCGAUGGAUUUGGCAAUGGCAAGGGGGGACGUGCUGUCGCAUUUACACAAUACCCCCAGUACUCCUGUUCAACGACCGGCAGUUCCCUUAACGAACUAUGGAAGUGGCGUAAUCGUCUCGAGGGAAAGCGCGCGAAUGGAGGGUCCGAGCCGGCUGGCUCAAUCCAAUGGAGUGUUAUUGACCGUUGGCCCUCUCACGCUGGUCUUGUGGAAGCUUUCGCACAGAAUAUCGAGGCCCAGCUCAAGACAUACCCAGUGGAGAAGCGGGAUAAGGUCGUGUUGCUGUUUUCGGCCCAUAGCUUACCUAUGAGCGUUAUCAACCGAGGCGACCCCUACCCCGCCGAAGUUGCCGCGACAGUUCAUGCCGUAAUGCAACGACUCAACUUCAAAAACCCCUACCGCCUGUGCUGGCAAUCUCAGGUGGGACCCAAAGCGUGGCUCGGGGCCCAGACUAGCGAUACCGUUCAAGAGUAUGUGAAACGAGGACAGACGGAUUUGAUCCUAGUUCCCAUUGCAUUUACAAGUGACCAUAUUGAGACACUAUAUGAGUUGGAUCAGGAAGUCAUCCAUGAAGCCAACAACCCGGGUGUCAAGCGUGCAGAGAGCUUGAACGGAAGCCCAGUCUUCAUCCAGGCACUUGCCGAUAUUGCUCGCGACCACUUGCGAAAGGGAGAAUUGUGUUCUCGCCAGAUGACCCUGCGUUGCCAGGGUUGCACCAGCGAGCGAUGCUUGGGCCAGAAGAAAUUCUUUGCAGGCCAAGAAAAUGCUUCUAUGGUGAUAUAA